UUUCAACCUUCACCAGUCUCUCGGUCCACACAGGGGCACCUUCACUUUUGCGGUGCAUCAGGCAUCGGCUUUUAGAAUCAUACAGUAAAUUAAAUUAUUCCUACGUCCACAUCAUGUCCGUUCUGUCAAUCAGCAGGCUAGCGCCUAGGCUCUUUAAUUCAACGAAUGCAUCUGUCCUUGUUGCAGCCAGACAUGCCAGCGCAUCAACAAACCUUAAAGAUGUUCUUGUAGACCUCAUUCCCAAAGAACAAACACGAAUCAAGAACUUCAAGCAACAACAUGGCAAAACUAACAUUGGCCAGAUCACUGUGGAUAUGAUGUAUGGCGGGAUGAGAGGUAUGAAGGGGCUGGUGUAUGAAACAUCUGUGUUGGACCCAGAUGAGGGCAUCCGUUUCCGUGGCUACAGCAUCCCGGAAUGCCAGGAGCUGCUUCCCAAAGCUGCCGGCGGACAGGAGCCUCUGCCCGAGGGCCUCUUCUGGCUGCUGGUCACUGGGCAGGUGCCCAACGAAGAGCAGGUCAGCUGGCUGUCGAAGGAGUGGGCGAAGCGCGCGGCUCUGCCCUCCCACGUGGUCACCAUGCUGGACAACUUCCCCACCAACCUGCACCCCAUGUCCCAGUUCAGCGCCGCCAUCACAGCACUCAACAGUGAGAGCAGCUUUGCCCGAGCCUACGCGGAAGGAGUCAACAAGGCCAAGUACUGGGAGUUUGUCUAUGAAGACUCCAUGGACUUGAUCGCCAAGCUCCCCUGUGUGGCGGCCAAGAUCUACCGCAACCUGUACCGCGAGGGCAGCAGCAUCGGCGCCAUCGACUCCAACCUGGACUGGUCCCACAACUUCACCAACAUGCUGGGCUACACCGACGCCCAGUUCACAGAGCUCAUGCGCCUCUACCUCACCAUCCACAGUGACCACGAGGGAGGUAAUGUGAGUGCCCAUACCAGCCAUUUGGUGGGCAGUGCCCUCUCCGACCCCUAUCUGUCCUUCAGCGCCGCCAUGAAUGGCCUUGCCGGGCCCCUACAUGGACUGGCUAAUCAGGAGGUGCUGGUGUGGCUGACGGCGCUGCAGAAGGAGAUGGGUGGAGAGGUGUCGGACGAGAAGAUGAGGGACUACAUCUGGAACACGCUCAAGUCUGGCAGGGUGGUACCAGGUUACGGUCACGCUGUUUUGAGGAAGACCGACCCACGCUACACGUGUCAGCGUGAGUUUGCCCUGAAGCACCUGCCCAAUGACCCCAUGUUCAAGCUGGUGGCACAGCUCUACAAGAUUGUUCCCAACGUGCUGCUGGAACAGGGCAAGGCCAAGAACCCCUGGCCCAACGUGGACGCACACAGCGGUGUCCUGCUGCAGUACUACGGCAUGACGGAGAUGAACUACUACACGGUGCUGUUCGGCGUGUCCCGGGCGCUGGGCGUGCUGGCCCAGCUCAUCUGGAGCCGAGCGCUGGGCUUCCCCCUGGAGCGCCCCAAAUCCAUGAGCAGCGACGGACUCAUGAAGCUCGUGGGAGCCAAGUCUGGAUAAAGCUCGAGGGAUGGGCUUGGCCGGGCCGGGCUGGGCCAUUAUAUUGGGAAAAUGAAGGAAAAUUAUACAAAACAAAGAUAAAAAAAAAAAACACCAGGCAAUAUUGGAAAGGGAUUCUGAGAGACACUGUUCACUUGAAGAAGGGCCAUCACCGUUUUCCCUAUGGUGAAAGUGAGCUGCUCGACCA